AUGACAAUGGAGAUUGAGAUAGUUGCCAGAGAAACAAUAAAGCCAUCUUCUCCAACUCCCCAACACCCAACAAAUUUCAACUUUUCCCUUAUUGACCAGAAUGCUCCUGUAAUGUACACACCAUUGCUUCUUUUCUACCCACAAAACAACCAUCCAAGCCGGCCCACCCAAAGAUCGCAGCACCUGAAGACAUCCUUGUCGAAAUUGCUCCCAAAGUUUUAUCCACUUGCAGGCAUAAUGAAAGAAAGAACCACCAUCGAGUGCAACGAUAAUGGAGCUGAAUACGUUGAAGCUCAAGUCAACUGCAAUUUAUCUGACAUUCUUGAUCAACCUGAUGCUUCAAUGCUGAGAAGUUUUCUUCCUGUUGAGAUUGAAUCCGAGGAGGCUGACACCGGCUGCUUGCUAUUUAUUCAAGCCAACUUCUUCAAAUGCGGCGGAAUGGUAAUCGGCGUUUGCAUUUCACAUAAAAUUGCAGACACAGAAACGCUUUCUAUGGUCUUAAAUAGUUGGUCUCAAGUAGCCAUUUCGGGGUCUAGCGAUGGAGUUAAAUUUCCUGAAUUCAACGCAGCAUCGAUUUUUCCUCCAUCAGAUUCCAAGCCCCAUAUAACAAUUCCCCAUCAUGAUGGCGUAAUUACCAAGAGGGUUGUUUUUGAAUCGUCAAAGAUUGUUUCACUCAAGGCCAAGGCAACCGGAGCCACCGUGCAGCAGCCGACGCGUGUGGAAGCUGUCACGGCGUUAAUCUGGAAAUGUAUGAUAAAUAUUUCAAAAUCAUCAAAAGGGUUUCCAAGACUGUCAUUAAUAAGCCACGUUGCCAACUUACGUAAAAGAAUCGAGCCACCACUGCCGGAAAACUGUAUCGGGAACAUUGUGGGGACGCUCUUCGCUGCAAUUUCGACUGAAAAGGAGACCGACUUGCAGGGAUUGGUUUGUGAAUUAAGAAAAGAAAUAACAGAAUUUAAGAAAACUGGUUUGCAGAAGAUUAAAGAUGAGAAAAGGACGUGGCUAAAAAUGUGUGAGAUAGAAAAUUUUCUUGGAAGAGAUGAUGUAGAUUAUUAUAUGUUUACCAGUUGGUGUAGAUUUCCUCUUUAUGAGGUUGAUUUUGGGUGGGGAAAGCCGACGUGGGUUACCCUUCCUAGCCUAAUUUUCAAGGAUACGGUUUUCAUGGUGGACGCGAGAGAUGGUGAAGGAGUAGAAGCUCUGGUAAGUCUGAGCAAAGAAGACAUGGCCUUGUUUGAAGCUGAUCAAGAGUUGCUUGAAUUUGCCACUGUCAAUCCAAAGGUGGCAAUAUGA